AGGAAUGUACUCUGGAGGCUACCAGCUGAAUGACAUUGAAAGUCCUGGACUUUGGAAAAUUGUGGCAAAGUUCCAGAGUAACCCACAGGAGAGCUUCUCAACCAAUUUUGAGGUCAAAGAAUAUGUCCUCCCCAGCUUUGAGGUUAAGCUCUCCUCCUCGACACAUUUCUUCUACGUGGACAGUGAGACUUUGGAGAUUGACAUUAAAGCCAGGUAUCUUUUUGGACAAGACGUAAAUGGGAACGCCUAUGUUGUGUUUGGGGUCAUGGACCAAGGCCAGAAGAAGAGCCUCCCUGCCUCUCUAUCUCGAGUGCCGAUUGAAAAAGGGGAAGGAAAAGUAGUGUUGAAGAGGGAACAAAUCACAGAAACCUUUCAGGAUGUCAAUCAGCUUGUGGGAAACUCCAUCUAUGUUUCUGUUAGCGUGCUGACAGAGGGCGGGAGUGAGAUGGUGGAGGCAGAGCUAAGAGGGAUCCAGAUCGUCACAUCUCCUUACACCAUCACGUUUAAAAGAACUCCAAAAUAUUUUAAACCUGGAAUGUCCUUUGAUGUGGUGGUUGAAGUUUUAUAUCCUGAUGGAAGCCCAGCAAACCAGAUCCCAGUGGUUGUAACUCCAGGACCUGUACAGGGAUCUACUGCAGCCAACGGCAUGGCAAGGCUGACCAUCAACACAAAAAGAAAUGCUGGACCGCUGGAAAUCUCUGCAAAGACUGAAGAUCCAGACAUUUCACCUAACAGACAAGCCAAAGCCACAAUGAAUGCCAACGAAUACUCUACUAACAGCAAGACUUACAUCCAUAUUGGUCUGGACUCGCCUGAGGCCAAAUUAGGUGACAAUCUGAAGAUCAACCUGAUUCUUAACAAGGAGCCAAGUGAAGGCAAACACAUCACUUAUCUGAUCACAAGCAAGGGCCAGCUGAUAAAAUUUGGACGUCACCAAACAGCAGGCCAACAACUGAUCUCCCUCAUAAUUCCCAUUACCCAAAAUAUGAUGCCAUCUUUUCGGAUCGUUGCCUUCUACCAUCCCAGCGAUGAUGAAGUGGUAUCAGAUUCAGUUUGGGUGGAUGUUGAAGAUUCAUGCAUGGGCUCGCUGAAAUUGGAGCCGGUGAGACGCGGCAUUGUCAACGAGCCCCGCACUAGUUUUGACCUAAAGGUCUCUGGAGAUCCAGGUGCCAAAGUGGGACUGGUGGCCGUAGACAAAGGCGUUUAUGUCCUAAACAACAAGCACCGACUCACACAGCAAAAAAUUUGGGAUGAGGUGGAGAAGUAUGACACUGGCUGCACUCCUGGUGGAGGGAAGGAUGGCUUGAGUGUGUUCUUUGAUGCUGGGCUGUUAUUUGAGUCCAGUACUGCAUCAGGAACAAUUUACAGACAAGAAGCAAAAUGCGCAGCACCAUCCAGGAGAAGACGGGCCUCAACCAUUAUGGAUGUCAGAACCACAUUAUUGAGUCAGUAUAAGGAAGAUCUACAGCGGGAAUGUUGUUUGGACGGCAUGAAGGACUCCCCAGUUUCGUACACAUGUGAGCGUCGCUCUGAGUACAUUCUGGAUGGUCAGGCUUGUGUGGAUGCUUUUGUCACCUGCUGCAAAGAAAUGGAAAAACAACAGCUGGAAAAGAGAGAGGAGAGCCUGACGCUGGCCCGCAGUGAGACAGAUGACAGCUACAUAGACAGCGAUCAAAUUGUUACUCGCAGCAAAUUCCCAGAAAGCUGGCUGUGGACCGAAAUUGUUUUGCCAGAAUGCCCCCAAAAUAAAUCCAAAUGUGACCCCACUUCAUUUGUAAAAAACGUGGCUCUGCCUGAUUCCAUCACAACGUGGGAGGUCACCGGCAUCAGCCUCUCAAGAACUCAUGGCAUCUGUGUGGGAGAGCCAUUGGAGGUAAUUGUUCGCAAGGAUUUCUUCAUAGACCUCCGGCUGCCGUACUCAGCUGUCCGUGGAGAGCAGCUGGAAGUGAAAGCCAUUCUGCACAACUACAGGCCAGUGAUCCUAACCGUUCGUAUAGAUCUAGCUGAGGAAAAGGACGUGUGCAGCGCAGCAUAUAAACGUGGGAAAUAUCGACAAGAGGUGAAAGUUGGCGCCAUGUCCACAAGAGCUGUUCCCUUCAUCAUUAUUCCCAUGAAGGAGGGGACUAUACCAAUUAAGGUCAAAGCUGCUGUCAAAAACACAUUCCUGGGUGAUGGAGUGGAGAAAGUCCUGCGGGUGGUUCCUCCAGGAGUUCUGGUUAAAGCUGCAGAAACUGUGACCUUGGAUCCAGCUCACAACGGGGAAAACGGUGAACAAGUGGAAAUUCUGAACAGCAACAUUCCUAAAAGUAAUUUGAUUCCAAACUCACCUACAAGCACGCAUAUCUCAGUGACAGGCCGAGAACAAGUUUCUGAUCUGGUGGAAAAUGCCGUCAGUGGAAAGUCUAUGGGUACUCUGAUUUAUCAGCCCUCUGGUUGUGGAGAGCAGAACAUGAUCCACAUGACCCUACCUGUCAUUGCAACCACAUAUUUGGACAAAACCAACCAAUGGCAAGUCGUUGGUAUUCAGAAACGGGCUGAGGCCAUUCAGCACAUAAAAACAGGCUAUAACAACGAGCUAGCCUACCUAAAAAAUGACGGCUCUUUUGCUGUAUGGCCUAAUCAUGCAAGCAGCAUCUGGUUAACAGCGUAUGUUGUCAAAGUGUUUUCCAUGGCUUACAACCUGGUGGCCAUCAGAAAGGAGCACAUUUGUGACGCUGUGAAGUUCCUGAUCCUCAAAGCUCAGCUGCCCGAUGGCAUGUUCAAAGAAACUGGACAAAUUUACCAUGGAGAGAUGAUUGGGGAUGUUUCUGGCUCCGACUCUGAUGCCUCCAUGACAGCUUUCUGCCUUAUUGCCAUGCAGGAGUCACGCUUGAUUUGCUCUGCUGACAUCAGCGCCCUGCCAGGCAGCAUUAACAAGGCAGUUGCCUACCUGGAUAAGCGACUGCCCAGACUUCAGAAUCCUUACGCUGUUGCCAUGACAUCAUAUGCCCUGGCAAAUGAGGGAAAACUAAACCGCGAGGUUCUCUACAAGUUCUAUUCUCCAGAGUUGUCCCACUGGCCUGUUCCUGGGAAGGACCUCUUUACCCUUGAGGCCACAGCUUAUGCUCUUUUGGCUUUGGUCAGGAACAAGUCUUAUGACGAUGCCAGACCUGUUGUGAGAUGGUUCAACCAGCAGCAGUUUGUUGGUGGGGGUUAUGGAUCCACACAGGCUACAAUAAUUGUGUACCAGGCUGUUGCAGAGUACUGGACCAAAGCUCAAGAACCAGAAUAUGAACUGAAAGUGGAUGUCUUGUUGCCAGGCAGAUCAAAGCCUGAAAAAUAUAUCUUCAGCCAUAACAACAGCUAUGCUGCAGGAACCUCUAGAAUCAAUGACAUAAACAAAAAUGUAACAUUUAAGGCUACUGGAUCAGGAGAAGCUGUUGUCAAAAUGGUGUCCUUGUACUAUGCUCUGCCUGAAGAAAAGGAAAGUGACUGCCAGAAGUUUAAUCUGUCAGUGCGGCUGCUUCCAGAUGAGACUAUUGAAAACCAAAAGGUCUACAAGCUUCAGAUAAACGUUUUAUACAAGAACAGCAGUCGUAACGCCACCAUGUCCAUCAUAGACAUCGGUUUGCAGACAGGAUUCACUCCCAACCUGGGUGACCUAAAAGCUCUGUCUGGAGGACGAGCCCGCAUCAUUAGCAAGUUUGAAAUGAACACAGCUCUGUCGGAACGAGGCUCACUCAUCAUCUACCUGGAUAAGGUUUCUAACACCCGACCAGAGGAGAUCAGUUUCAGGGUCCAGCAGACCAUGGAGGUGGGCAUUCUUCAGCCAGCAGCAGUGUCUGUCUAUGAAUAUUAUGAGCAAACACCUUGUGUUAAGUUUUACCAUCCAGAGAGGGAGGGAGGACAGCUGAUGCAGCUCUGCAAGGAUGACGAGUGCUUAUGUGCAGAAGAGAACUGCAGCAUGCAGAAGAACGGUCGAAUAAGCAACGAUGAGCGAACAUCAAAAAUCUGUGAGAGCACAGAGAGCAGCAAGAUCGAGUAUGCGUACAAAGUUCUGGUGGAAGAGGCUGCCGAAAAACCGUCUAUAGACAUCUAUGCCAUACGGGUACUGGACUCCAUCAAAGAAGGAAGAGCAGAUGUUGGCCCCACGGGAAAACUGUUGCCAUUCCUAAGUUAUCCCUAUUGCAGGAAGGCCUUAAAUUUGCAGAAAGGUAAAACAUACCUGGUCAUGGGAUCAUCCAAAGACAUCCAAAGAGAUGAAAAAUACCAAAUAAAGCAGUACAUCCUUGGAGAGAGAACUUGGAUCGAGUAUUGGCCAACAGCAGACGAGUGUCAAGGGGAAGAACACAGAGCCACGUGUCUGGGCUUAGAAGAAAUGGUAGAACAGUACACAAUGUUUGCAUGUCAGCAAUAAAGACAAAACGUCCUGUUUCUUUUUCUUUUUCUGCUUAAGAAUGUAUGCAGAAUAAAAUGUGCCAACCUGG